CUUAUUAUAGGCGACUCUUCAGAGCUGUUGGAGCCCCAGACGUGGCUGAACUGUCCGCAGUGCUGAGUAUAAGGUGGAAUAAUUUGGGAUAAGGAAUUCCUCUCUACGGACUCUUGGCAAGAUCACCAUGUCUGUGAGUAGGAAAAAUUCAGGACGACGCUCCUAUUACUACCGAUUAUUGGGGAGAUCGCAGCUUCAGAGGCAACACAGUCGGUCGCGGAGUCGCAGCAGACCGUCCAAGAGUGACUCACCAUCUGAGAAGUCGGGGAGGAGGCGGAGCAUGCCGGGGAGCACAGCGGAGAAAAGCCCUACCAUGGAGCCAACUGCCACCACGCCAUUCAGAGUGACGGGCUUUCUCAGCCGUCGCCUUAAAGGCUCCAUCAAACGGACAAAGAGCCAGCCGAAGCUCGACCGAAACAGCAGCUUCCGCCACAUCAUCCCAGGCUUUCGAAGCGUCGACAAUGAUCGGUCACAUCUAAUGCCGAGAUUGAAGGAAUCACGCUCACACGAAUCUUUGCUCAGUCCCAGCAGCGCGGUUGAAGCUCUUGAUCUCAGCAUGGAGGAAGAGGUGGUCAUCAAGCCGGUCCAUAGCAGCAUCCUGGGCCAGGACUAUUGCUUUGAGGUUACAGCGUCUUCUGGAAGUAAAUGUUUCUCGUGUCGCUCAGCAGCUGAACGUGACAAAUGGAUGGAAAACCUGCGUCGUGCUGUUCACCCCAAUAAGGACAAUACCCGCCGAGUGGAGAAUAUGCUCAAAUUAUGGAUUAUUGAAGCCAAGGACCUUCCUGCUAAGAAGAAAUACCUGUGUGAGCUGUUUUUGGAUGAUGUCCUUUAUGCACGAACUACCUGCAAGCUGAAAACGGACAACGUCUUCUGGGGGGAGCAUUUUGAGUUCAACAACCUGCCAGCACUGAAGAGCAUAACCGUCCAUCUGUACAAGGAGACAGACAAGAAGAAAAAGAAGGAUAAGAAUAACUACAUGGGGCUGGUCAAUAUCCCCAUCGCUGCAGUGACAGGGCGCCAGUUUGUGGAGAAAUGGUACCCCGUGGUGUCCACCAACACCAGCAAAGGCAAAUCAGCUGGCCCCAUGAUUCGAAUCAAGAGCCGCUACCAGAGCAUCAACAUCCUUCCCAUGGAGAUGUACAAAGAGUUUGCUGAAUACAUCACUAAUAACUACAUGAAUUUGUGCUCCACCCUGGAGGGAGUCCUCAGCGUCAAGAACAAGGAGGAAAUGGCAUCCGCACUGGUCCAUAUACUUCAGAGCACUGGGAAAGCCAAG